CAAAGCAGCUGCUGCAGCUGUCACAACAAGCUGUUCAUUUGUAAACAAAGCCAGUUUUCGGUGCACUUUCCCCACGACCAGCAGGAAAAAAUCAUGCAAAGUGGCCUGGUAAAGCUGCGAACACAGGCGCCACUCUAUGGGCAGCUCGUAAUAGGUCCGCCCGGAGCGGGCAAAACAAGCUACUGCCACAAAAUGCAACAGUUUCUGGAAAAAAUCGGCCGCAAAGCGGUGGUGGUGAACCUAGACCCGGCCAACGACAACAUGGAAUACACCAGCGCUGUGGACAUCAUGCAGCUCAUCACCGUGCAGGACGCGAUGGAACAGUUUGGGCUCGGACCGAACGGAGCACUGAUCUACUGUGUGGAAUUCCUCGAGACAAACUUUCAGUGGCUGCUCGAUCAGCUCAAGGCGCUCGACUGCAACUACUUCAUCUUCGACUGCCCGGGCCAGGUGGAACUGUUUACGCACAACAAUGCGCUGAAGAAUAUUUUCACCAAGCUCGAGCAGCUCGGCUACCAUCUCUGCACCGUGCAUCUGGUCGAGUCGCACUACUGUGUGGAACCGUACAAAUUCAUCUCCUGCCUGCUGCUCUCCCUGCACACCAUGCUACAGAUGGGGCUACCGCACGUGAAUGUGCUGAGCAAAGCGGACCAGCUGAGAGAGCACGAGGCGAAGCUUCCGUUCAAUGUGGAGUACUACACGGAGGUGCUGGACCUUAGCCACCUGCUGGAAUGCAUGGACACGAGCCGGAUGGGGAAGAAAUUCAAACAGCUCAAUGCGGCCAUCGUGUCCAUGGUGGAGGAUUACAGCCUGGUGUCCUUUCUGCUGCUCGACACCAAGCGUGAGCAAAGUUUGCUGAGGCUUAAGAACGCGAUCGACAAAGCGAAUGGAUACGUGUACGGUGCGGGAGAGGAGAAGAACAUCAACACACUGUUGGCGUGUGCCGUUGGAGCGGAAACCGAGUCCGAUCGAAUGGAGCGAGACAUCGACCCGUACCUAAGCUAAUGCGAAAACAAUAGAUAUUAUUAACUAAUA